CAUUCUGUCUUGUGUUCAUCCGCCGAGCAGUUUGCCUUAGUUUUAAUCCGUUGUUAUUAAUUUAAAUACACUUAAGUUAAAAUGCUCUGCCGACUGGUGGGAAACAGGAGUUUGGGUGCACGAUAUUCCGCAUCCAUCAAGGCUAUUGCGUGCUACUCCACGUCGGGAAAACAGCGAAACGGCAAGAUCUACGAGUCGGCCAUAGAUGCUGUGUCCGAUGUGCAGGAUGGUGCCCAGAUCCUGUUCGGAGGAUUCGGAAUCUGCGGCAUUCCGGAGAAGAUGAUCAACGCGCUCAAGCAGAAGGGAGUCAAGAACAUCACGGGUGUUUCCAACAAUGGAGGUGUGGACGACACUGGUCUGGGUGUUCUGAUCAAGCAGAAGCAGGUGUCCAAGGUAAUUGGCUCCUAUGUGGGCGAAAACACGGAGCUGGUGCGUCAGUAUCUGGAAGGAGAACUGGCCGUGGAACUGACUCCUCAAGGCACCCUAGCGGAGAAGAUCCGCGCUGGAGGUGCCGGCAUUCCCGCCUUCUACACGCCCACUGGCUACGCCACCCUUGUCCAGGAAGGCGGCGCACCCAUUAAGUACUCCAAGGAUGGCAAGGUGGAAAUAUCCAGCGAAAAGAAGCCCGUGAAAGAGUUCAACGGAAGGAACUACGUGAUGGAGGAGUCCAUCUUCGCAGACUUUGCCUUUGUGAAGGCCCAGAAGGCCGAUCCCUUGGGCAAUCUGGUGUUUAACAAAGCUGCCAGAAACUUCAACGCACCCAUGUGCAGGGCGGCCAAAAUCACCGUGGCCGAAGUGGAGGAAAUCGUGCCCAUCGGAGCCCUUUCUCCCGAUGAGAUCCAUGUGCCCGGCAUCUACAUUAACCGCAUCUUCAAGGGCACCGACUACAACAAGCGUGUGGAACGCUUGCGCAUUACGGAACCCAAGGAUCCCAGCAAACCCGCUCCUCCACCAAAUCCCGCCCAGGUUUUACGUGAGCGCAUUGCCCGUCGAGUGGCCCUUGAGUUCCAUGACGGCAUGUACGCCAAUCUGGGCAUUGGCAUUCCCGUGCUAUCCUCCAACUACAUCCCCAAGGGCAUGAACGUGAUGCUGCAGUCGGAGAACGGAAUCCUGGGCCUGGGACCCUUCCCCACCAAGGAUAAAGUGGAUCCGGACUUGAUCAACGCCGGAAAGGAGAGUGUUACCGUGGUGCCCGGAGCCUCCUACUUCGGCUCCGAUGACAGCUUUGCCAUGAUCCGUGGUGGUCAUGUGGAUAUCACCAUUUUGGGCGCCAUGGAGGUGUCGGCCACAGGCGAUCUGGCCAACUGGAUGAUUCCUGGCAAACUGGUUAAGGGCAUGGGUGGAGCCAUGGACUUGGUGGCUGCACCUGGCACCAGGGUGAUCAUCACCAUGGAGCACAAUGCACGCGAUGGAUCCCCCAAGAUCCUGGACACCUGCUCCCUUCCGCUCACUGGCAAGGGUGUGAUCGACAUGAUCAUCUCGGAGAAGGCCGUUUUCACGGUGGAAAAGGGCGUGGGUCUGACGCUGAUCGAGGUGGCCGAGGGAUACACCGUGGACGACAUCAUCGCCAGCACUGGAGCCAAGUUCACAGUGUCGCCCAAUGUGAAGACAAUGGGUCAAAUUCCUGUUUGAGAGAAGCUGCAAUACCUCCGCUUGAGUGAUAAACGAGUGCAUUUAUUUUUUGUUGAUCGUGUGACAAAAAUAUUUUUGUUAAAUAUAUGGACCAUAUCAAGUCGAA